AUGGGAUCAUGGAGCAAGAUGGGAUCAUGGAGCAAGGAUGAAGAUGACAAGCUCAUUGCAUACAUCCACGAACAUGGCGAACACCGCUGGAAGUCUCUUCCCAAGGCAGCAGGACUUCGGAGACGUGUGAAGAGCUGCAGACGCAGAUGGUCUCGGAUUGCAGGGAGAUUGCCUGGGCGAACGGACAAUGAAAUAAAGAAUCACUGCGAAUCGACCCACAUCAAGAGAAAAUUGUUGAGCCGGGGAAUCGACCCACAGUCGCACCGCACCAUUCAGCCCUUCCACAGUGAUGGCAGCCGUAGCAGAGAUGACAGGUCUCCCAGUCAAGAAAUUUCAUUGGUGGAUUCUUUACAGAGUGAGCGCUGCAUUGUGACAGGCAAUUUCGAUCUUGCUGCUUCAAAUGGUGAGCACCGCACAAUUCAGCCCUUCCACAGAGAUGACAGGUCUCGCAGUCAAGAAAUUUCAAUGGUGGAUUUUUUCCAGAGUGAGCGCUGCAUUGUGACAGGCAAUUUCGAUCUUGCUGCUUCAAAUAUUGAGCGCCACACAAUUCAGCCCUUCCAUAGAGAUGACAGGUCUCUCAGUCAAGAAAUUUCAAUUGUGGAUUUUUUCCAGAGUGAGCCCUGCAUUGUGACAAGCAAUUUCGAUCUUGCUGAUUCAAAUGGCGCGAGUGGAAGCGAAGAGACGUCUGAUGUGAAUCUGGAAUUCACUCUCGGUUUGCAGUCUUCUGCCUCUCGUGCGAAUAAAUCGCAAUAG